AUGCUGGGUCUGAAGACUCCGAGGCUUCGCCGCACUGGGCAGAAUACCCAAGUCACAUACGACCUUUCCCGUCGCCUCAACGAUGUUCAACCAUACCCGAUACAGUCUCCCCAGGGAGCCAACAUUUUCAUCUAUGGCCAUGAUAGCGGUGUAACAUUGGUCUGGAGGGGCGGCAAGCGGUUCAAGGCGACUCAGCCGGCGCCACUAAAUGAGAAGCCCAAUGGGUCCUCAGAAGAUGCCGUGAUGGUGAUUGACUCGGACGACGACCAACCGGCUGCCAAAGCCGAAGCCAAAAUCAAGUUCGAAGACAAACCUGAGUUUGAAGAUCAGGCCGAAGAAACUCCCUAUCCCGAAGUAAUCCAGACACUGGAUCUGGUCCUCGGCGCUGCCGUCCUUGACGUGGCGGUAAUGCCACUUUCCCCCAGGUCGGCUCAGGACACCGCGAACGGCCGGGCUGCUAUUCUUGGACAUAAAAUAGUGUUCGCUGUUUCAUGUGUCACAAACGAUAUCUAUCUGAUCACCCUGCCACUCACACCUCCAUCUCCUGCCGCAAAAGCAAGGCCCGAGUUGAGAAACAGUUUAUUCGCAAGCAAGGCUGGCACCGGCGCGUGGGGAGAGUCGAUCACUUUACUUGGCGGACAGUCAAAACCGAGCGAUGGAUUGGCCAUUGGUCUCGUACCUUCUGGGCUCUCUGACCGCGCAACCAGCAUUAAUCGCGUUGUGGUCGCCUCUCAUUCCCGUGAAGCAUCUGGAGUGCUGCGUCUCUGGGAAACUGCUUUGGAUCAAAAGCUUAAACCAGAGGCGUCUGUCGAGCCCUUCCAGACAGAAUUCCUACCAAGUCCUCUCAGAAGCGUUUCUUUUAACCCAAGCCAUAGUACCCAACUUCUUACAGUAACGCCUUCACAUGGUGUACGCAUAUACGAUUACGCCUUGCCUUCUCUUCCCCCAGACCCCGAGGCGAUUGGUCCCUUCCCUCCACAAGGGUCGUGGCUCGUCACGUUAUACCAGCCAUUUAUCAGACCUUCAUCCCUACGGAAGCCCAUCGUUGAUGCCGCCUGGAUAGCUCACGGAAAAGCCGUCUUCGCUUUGUUGGCUGAUGGGAUGUGGGGCAUCUGGGACAUCGAUGGGGCUGAUCCUGCUUCUUCUGCUUCGGCAAUAUCUACCAAACUACAAAGCGGUGUUCGAGGGGCUGCCUUGACCGCAUUUAGCGUGUCGGGAUACGUCGAAGGAACAAGUUCCCUCCGGAGUGUGGCUUCACAACACAAGGAGACUAACACAGGGGAGUUUGCGCCCAUGACACCCCACUCUCGUCGCCAAGCUACAAGCAAUCUUGGUUUGGCAGCAACUCCUGAUCGCCUAUCAACGAUCCAUGGUGGUGUCAAAGUCCUGCCACUUCCAGCCCCUGGCCAAGCACUGUUAGACGAGACUUUGGUUCUUUGGCUCGGUGGACAAGACCAUGUCUGUGUCAUUCCUCAAGUCUUGCGAUUCUGGGAAACCCAAGCACGGAAGGCAAGCAGCGGAGGGAAUGGUCUGUUCACGGGUACCCACAGCUCGCGACUUAUUAAGAUCCAAGAGCUCUCCACGAGCCUACUAGGCGAGAGAUGCUGUGGCGUCACCCUUCUCACUGAUAUUUCCAUGAAGACCGACGGUGCAGACCAUGGCGAGCAUACGCCCGUCGAUGUUCUUAUUCGUGGCGAGACCCGGCUGAUUGUCGUUCGUGAUGUCCAGGCCAGCUCUUCUGGGACACUUGGAGGUCCUAUUACCAAGGGAAAGCGGCUAUUUUCGAAGGCUGACCAACCCAGUGCUAUUAUCGUGCACGGAAGUGCUAGGCCUAGUACGGUCACGUUUAAUCUGAGCCGAGCUAAGCCUGGCUCGCUGCGAUUCAACCCAUCGUUUGCUAACGAGGAGGGCAACUAUGACGAUGAUUCGAUGGCGGAUGCGAAUGAGACGAAGUCACUUCCUCAACCGGGAGCUGGAUUUGAUUUCAUGAAUACCUUGAACGAUGCUGCUGAUACAACCACUGAUUUAAAUCGAGAUGUCGAGGUCGAGAUGCUCGAUAUCAUGGGAAUUGAUAAAGCGCUGGAAAACCUGGACGGCAGCCGAGGGGUGGGGAGAAAGAAGGUUCUUUUUGGAGAGGACUAA